AGGUACCAAGGCAAUUGUGCUCAAUAAUGAAUAAUCCAUGGUAGCUGAUUAGAGCUGGGUGAGGACUGAAACAACAAAUUCUAUGAAUAUACUUUUGAAUUUUUAAACAAAUCCUCUUCUGUUAUGUUCACUCCCAUUUAUUUGUUAUGAAUUAUUCACCUAGCUCUUGGGCUGAUGAAGGGUAAUUGAUUUUGCAGGCAUUGAGUGAGAUUUCACCAUUCCUUCUGAAUUGGGUUAUAAUGGUUAUUUAUUUACUUGUAUUACAGAAGCAUCCACAGGCUCUGAUCUGGACUCCUUGGUGCUAGAUACUGUACAACAGAGUAAAAGUCCCUUUCCAGAAGAGGUUAUUAUCUAAAACAGGAUUGUCAAAGAGUUGUGGAUAAGGGGUGUGAUAUAUAUGCAGUGUAAUCAGAGAUGGGUGACAAAUUUAAGAUUAGUUCCAUAGAGUUGAUGUAUAUAAAAAUAAACUCUCGCCACCCAUAUAAAUAAGGGGGUGGGAGGAGCAGGGAAGCAGAGAGGAUGAGUGCAUUGGAGCACAGGAAUAGGAAAAGAAGUAAUGACUGAGGGAGAGGAAAGGAAAAUGAAAUGGUGAGAGAAUUGGCAAAGAGAAAAAACCGCCAGUCAAAACAGAAGAAAGUAGUCUAACACCACUGCUCCUGUGAGCUUCAUUCAAUGUUAGACCAUGGAGCUUGGGGGAACAGGCCCACUUAAGUGGGUCUCCCCUGCUGGACCAGGUUCAGGCAGAAUGGGGAACAAGUGGUCUUAGCUGGGUUUCCCCUGGGUGCUGGAACAAUUUUUAUUGUGUGCGUGUGGGUAGGGAAUGGGAGGCAGGUGCUGAGAGCCAUUGAACCACACUGUAAACCCUGUAUAUGACGGAAACCACUUCAAGCCAGGGGGUGCAGCAGCAUCCCUACUUCCAGCACCUAUGCCUCCCACCCUUCCUGCCUGCACCCUCAGGAAGACAACUCUGCUGCUGGGGGAGAGCUCCCCAGUGUCCCUGGCUGUGGGAUGAGGGGAGGCUACAAGGGGCCUCUUGCCCCAGCUUAGCAGAUCUGCAAGAAGGUCCCCGCUGCUGGGCUUGGGAGAAGGCAGGGCCCUGGCUGGACUUCAAUCCUCGGCCACUUGGCCAGCUCCCUUCCAAAGCUCCUGCUGGGUGGGUGGAGUAACUGUGCUCCAGUGCCUGGGGGCACCCCAGCCGCCAUGACUGUACGGGGCCCUGCUGGCCGAACUGCCCCCGUCUGGGGCUUUGAAGUUCUGCUGCCCCCUUCCGGAUCCUGGCCUUUUUAUUUCCCACCUGAGCAACUGCUUUAUAAAUAUUGUCUCUCGCCCGCCCCCGUGCUAUGGGGCUUCGUGCCAGCCGUGCAGCUCCAGCGGGCGGUUCCCGCCUCGUGCCCCGAGGUGCUGUCGGCCGUUAGACCCGUGCACGAUUGACCCGGCCUGGAUCGCGGGACAGUGGCACCGAGCGCUGCGUGGCGCCAGUAACCUCUGCGCCAGAGGGAGAGUCUCGCUGGCGGCGGCUGCCUCUAUUGCACACGCUGUUUGACUGCCAGCCUUGGGCCGCUCUGAGCAGCUGCCUCCGCUCCGCCUCCGCUGGGUGCCUUUGCCCUGGGCGGCGCCGGCUGUUUUUACACCCCCGGCUAACAGGAGCCGGCAGCAACGGAGCAAAGGACGUGUGGCAGGCGGAGUGUCUGGCCCGGGCUGGGAGCAGCAGCAGCGGCGAGGGGAGGGUCUGCGGCUUGGCGUAGCUGCAGCAGCCGUCUCGGCCUCUCUGGGAGUGACUGUGUGCGCGCUUCCAGUCUCUGCCGCUCCCCGGGCUGCUCCUGCCAUCGCUGGGGGUUGUUAUUGUUGUCGCUCGCUUCUCUCCGGCUCAGACAAGCCAGCACGGUCAGGGGUGGAGGGGCAGGAAUGUGAGCGGUGUUUGCAGGCGGUGUGUGUGUGUGUGUGGGGGGGGUCCUGUGUCACCCCCGCCACCACCAGCAUCCUCAUCAGCUGGAUCUAUUGUCAGGAAAGGAGGAAAUUGCAACCAAACAGCAGCAGCAGCAACAUCUGGGCUGUCACAUCUGGGCAUGCAACAUCGGCUUCCUCCUCCUCCUUCACCCGAGUGGAUCACUUUGGGGGUGGAAAUACUUCUGCAAUCAAGCCAGAGGUUCCAUCUUAUAACUGAAUAUUGAAACUGGAAGAGAGGGGGGUGGAGUGGGGAUAAAGGCUGCUUCCCCCCCCCCCGGGAUUUAUUUCAUGGGGAUGUGUUCAAGACAAGAGAGGAUUCAGAAGGAUAUUGACGUUGUGAUCCAAAAGUGCAAGGCGGAGAAGGACUGCCUGUUUGCAGAUUUCAGGUACUCAGACUCCACCUUCACCUUCACCUAUAUUGGAGGCUCCAAAAGCAUAUCUUAUUCAGUACAUGUCUCCGAGGAUUAUCCAGAUAACACAUAUGUUUCCAGUUCAGAUAAUGAUGAAGAUGUGUUAGUUACAACAGAGUCAAUCCCAGUAAUUUUCCAUAGAAUCGCAACAGAAUUAAGAAAAACCAGUGAUGUUAACUGUUGCGUAUCUAUAAAAUCAAAAUUACAGAGGGAAAAUGGAGAGGACUCCAGGCACAAUAGUGCAGUUGAAGAAGAUUCUGAAGGAGAUAAUGAUUCUGAAGAGUUUUAUUAUGGGGGACAGGUUAACUACGAUGGAGAACUUCACAAGCACCCACAGCUGGAAGCUGAUUUGACAGCAGUGAGAGAGAUCUAUGGGCCUAAUGCAGUAUCUCUCAGGGAAUAUGGAGCCAUUGAUGAUGUAGACAUUGAUCUGCAUAUUGAUGUUAGCUUUCUUGAUGAAGAGAUUGCUUUGGCUUGGGAUGUAAUCCGCACAGAGCCUAUAAUAGUGCGAUUGCACUGUUCACUUACACAGUACUUAAAUGGUCCAGUACCCACCGUGGAUGUAUUUCAGAUCUCUACUAAGGAAAGAUUUGGGUUGGGACAUCAGCUGAAAAAAAUAAUGCAGACAUUUGUUACACAGCAGUGGAAAAAUAGCAAAGAAAAAUCAAAUUGUACGCACAAUAAGAAAGUGUCUGAGAAAAAGGUGAAAUCCCCUCUGCACAUCUUUUCUACAUUGCGCAGGUCGCCAAGUUAUCCUCCACCUGGCUGUGGCAAAAACAAAUCAAAACUGAAAUCUGAACAAGAUGGCAUCUCCAAAACUCACAAGCUGCUGAGAAGGACUUGUUCUAGCACGGUUAAGUCUGAGGAUGUUUGUGCCACAAAGUCUCACAGAACUUUUGGCCGUUCAUUGUCUAGUGAUCCUAGGGCUGAGCAGACAAUGGCUAUUAAAUCGCACAAACUGUUGAAUCGUUCUUGCUCAGCAGCUGUCAAGCAAGAAGAAUGCAUCACUCUAAAGCCCCAAAAACUCCUAAGCAGAUCAUGUUCCGGGGAUCCUCGAUGUGAGCACAAUAGCACCUUGAAGCCUCACAAACUUUUAAGCAGGUCUUAUUCCAGUAAUCUUAGAAUGGAAGAAUUAGAUGGACUGAAGAAUCACAAGUUACUCAGCAAAUCUUACUCCAGUGCCCCUAAGUCAUCCAAAAUGGAGUUUUUCAAAGAACCCACCAUAGCAGAGGGCAGGAGGCUCUCUCUUACCUCAGGGCUUAUUGGUAUCUUAACGCCAUCUUCCUCAUCACCUUUGCAAGCUGCUCCGAAUUAUGGUGCAAAAUGCAUUCCAAUACGAGACAAUGGCUUUCUUGUGCAGACUGUUGAGUUUGCUGAGCAGCGGAUACCAGUGCUGAAUGAAUACUGCGUAGUUUGUGACGAACCACAUGUGUUUCAGAAUGGCCCCAUGCUGAGGCCCACAGUAUGUGAACGGGAGCUGUGUGUUUUUGCUUUCCAAACUCUAGGAGUAAUGAAUGAAGCUGCAGAUGAAAUUGCCACUGGGGCUCAGGUGGUUGAUUUAUUAGUAUCCAUGUGUCGAUCGGCAUUGGAAUCACCCCGGAAAGUUGUCAUUUUUGAGCCAUAUCCUUCCGUAGUUGAUCCUAAUGAUCCUCAGGUGCUGGCCUUUAAUCCAAGGAAGAAGAAUUAUGAUCGAGUCAUGAAAGCAUUGGAUAGUAUUACUUCUAUUAGAGAAAUGACACAGGCCCCAUAUUUGGAAAUAAAGAAGCAGAUGGAUAAACAGGACCCACUUGCGCAUCCUCUUCUGCAGUGGGUUAUUUCCAGUAAUAGGUCACAUAUUGUGAAACUACCAGUGAACAGACAACUGAAGUUCAUGCACACUCCCCAUCAGUUCCUCCUUCUCAGCAGUCCACCAGCCAAAGAAUCCAAUUUCAGAGCUGCUAAAAAUCUCUAUGGAAGUACCUUUGCAUUUCAUGGUUCACACAUUGAAAACUGGCACUCCAUCCUGAGGAAUGGCUUAGUUGUUGCUUCCAAUACAAGGCUGCAGCUCCAUGGUGCAAUGUUUGGAAUUGGGAUCUACCUUAGUCCAUUGUCAAGCAUAUCAUUUGGUUACUCAGGGAUGAAUAAGAAGCAGCAGAAGGUGUCAGCUAAGGAUGAACCUGCUUCAAGCAGUAAAGGCAGUAAUGCAUUACAGUCACAGAAAAAAGGACAGCAAUCCCAAUUUUUGCAAAGCCGUAAUUUAAAAUGCAUAGCCUUAUGUGAAGUGAUAACCUCACCUGAUCUGCACAAACAUGGGGAGAUAUGGGUAGUUCCCAACACUGAUCAUGUGUGUACGAGAUUCUUCUUUGUUUAUGAAGAUGGCCAAGUGGGUGAUACAAGUAUAAAUACACAAGAAACAGGCAUUCACAAAGAGAUUCUUCGAGUCAUCGGUAAUCAAACUGCUACUGGGUAAAAGGACCACUCCUAUUUAAUUGAUGUGAUUUGGAAGCCUUCCUCAGUGUCAAAGCUGGAUUUUGAACUGAAGAAGAUGCGAAAAGCUAAUUUAUUAUUAUUACUACUACUACUAUUACUGCUACUACUACUAAACAAAUUAACCUUUUGAAUACUUCCUUUUUUCUUACUUAGUAUUUCUUAUCUCAUUGAAAUACCUGAAAUGGUAUGAGUUAGCAAUUAUAGGGGAACAAAGUCCAUUAAUAUACUACAACAAAUAGCAAUUAAAGAGACAUUUGGGUUGCUCACAAUAAACAAUUUAAAAAGGAGUUUUGUGCUGAUAUUUUUAUAUUAAACUCUUUAAUUGGACCAUUUUAGUACAGUAUACCGGUAUUUUAAAUUUAGAAUGACUGAAAUAUAAGCAAGAGAGAAGAUUUUAUAGCGGAGAACCUGCAUUAUACAGGACACUUUGCAAUAAGAAUAUUCACAUAUUUUAAUACACCGUAAAAAUGGUUUCUGGAACAUGUCAAAUUAAAGAGGGUGGUUACUUACAAUAUCAUAGAUUCAUUUUACUGUAUGCAAAUGCAGCUAGAAUUUAGUGUAAAAAAAGUUAAAAGAAGAAAACAUUUUUGCAGUAUUCAGUUAUGCCAAGAGAAAUAUAACUUCAUUGAUGGUGUGUGACUAGUCUUCUUCAUUCUCUCAAAAGAAACGACACCAUCCAGUAAACAGUUCAGUUACAUUAUUUAAAAGAUGCAAGCAAAGUGAGCUGACCAGAGUUCCAGGGGCUGAGAAAUGAAUUUGUAGUGAAGCCGUUUGUAAACCACUUUUUACAAUGACCUAUCACCUGAGUUCAGCAAGAUACUUAGGUGUUUUCAGUGGCAUUGCUCUUGUGAUUAAAGUUAGACAUGUGCUUAAGUACCUGGCUGAAUCAAGACCUACAUGUAUUUCAGUUGAUUGUCCAGUUAGGAAGAAAUAGCAAUACCUUUCAUGUUACAAACAUGUCAGAAUUACUCUUGAGUUCCCUUUGGUGAAAUACUGUUAAUUCAUCCCUAAGGAAACAAAGCAAAUCCGUUAAAUCUUUAUGAUUUAGGAAUUGCAAGUGUUAAAAAUAAAAUGGUUACCACAGUCUUAGCAUGUUGGCAGCACACUUAGGGGCCAGGGACCAAUCCUAAAAGGUGCUAAGCACCUCCUAGGAAGUGCUAAUUGCCCUCAGCUCUCACUGACGUCAUCUUGCAGGAUCAUGCCCUUCUCUUUUGACAACAUUUCAGAUCCCCUCUCUGUACAUCUCCACUUACUCCCUUGCAGCCUUGAAAAGGGAGAAGAUAGACACAAAAAAUUACCAUAGAAGAUCACACCUUGAGCCCUCCAGAAGUGGCCUGUACUGUUAUUAACAUGAUGGUUAUUAGGAAGACCCCAGUGUGUGCUUGUUUUUUUAAACAGAGCAGAAGUCAUCUAGAUAAUUGCAUAAUGUACAGAGAUACUAGGGGUUAGAGAUUUACUGUUGGAAGUCUUUUGUUAUUCCAAAUUACUUUGCUUUUUGUCUCAUCACUCCUGUUUCCCUGUAUCACCAAAUAAUCCUCAAUCAAAAGGAUAAAACUGAAGUUCUCUAGAAUAAAAGUAGAGUUCUCCAAAGGGCCUCUUUGGAACCAGGCCAUCUCUGGAGACACCAAUAAUAACCUGCAAAGAGUUCUGUGGCACCUUAUAGACUAACAAUCGUAUUGGAGCAUGAGCUUUUGUGGGUGAAUAUUCACUUUGUCGCAUGCAUCCAACGAAGUGGGUAUUCACCUAUGAAAGCUCAUUCUCCAAUGCGUUUGUUAGUCUAUAAGGUGCCACAGAACUCUUUGCCGCUUUUACAGAUCCAGACUAAGACGGCUACCCCUCUGAUACUUGACACUAAUAACCUGUGGCACUGCAGCGCAGUUUAACAUCUUGCACCAGGGAUGAUUCCUGGAAUUGAUCCAUCUACAUGGAGCAGUUAGGUAGUGUGAAGGGUCAGACUGCACAAAUGCAAAAGUAACUCAGAAUUGAGGCUGGAAAUCUGGACUGACCAUCCUGCCAUAGCUCCUCCUGCUAUAUAUACAUGUAUGGCUGAACUGGAAGGAGGCUGAGCUAAAGUGUGUGAUGAAACAUGGAACAUGUGAUGAAAUGCUGUACCUAGAAGAACUGAGGGGAAGUAAGGAGUGGGCUAUGCAGCAGGAAGAAGUCCACAGAGGAGUCCUGUAGUGGCUAAGUGGAAUGAUGACCCAUCAUUUCAGGGGGCCUCCUCAAAUAUGGGAUGUGCAACAAAUAGGUGGGGCCAAGAGGGGGUCGGAGCCAUCCUAAGUGACGUACUUCUCUCUCCCCCCCAGUUACAGCAGAUUUACAGCCUAAAUCCUGCUCUGGGGAAACUGAGUGUAACUAGGGCAAUGAACCAAUUUCAGUGUGCAUACUGGAGCUCCUGUGCCAGCCACAUAAGGAGUAACCAUAGAUGCUACAACUUUUGGGGGGAAGAGGGAACAUUUCUCCAUCUUUCAGGUAGGGUGGAACAAAAGUGUCUUUUCCUCACCCCUUUCCCAAAAUCUCCCAAACCCCCAACUACAGCUUUAAGCCUGUGACCAAGUAAAAGGAAAGGAGGUAAAGGGAUGGUAGUUCUAGUCACAGCACUGUUUCCCCCAGCCCCCACGUAGGUACGUCCCAAUGUCCUCUGUCCCAGUGUGUUUCCGCUCCUCUUUGGUCUCGUAUCCCCAGUAGGGAGUCCAUACUGACUGCUGAGAGAGCUGGAUUCUCUCCAUUGCCUCCCCUGGGGGGCUGCUUAACAACUGAUGAGCCAAUAGUAAGACUUGUCUUACCAAUUGAAAGCAGAGGUGCUGCCAGACUUAGCCAGUGGGGAAGCCAAAGGAAAAAGUCCAGCUUCUCAAUUGCAGGAUGCUUUCACUGGAAGUGGAGAGAAAUGUCUCCUUCCCUCAAGCCCGGAGCACGUGGGAGGAUGUAAACUUCACCUACUUACACCUCUCUCAAUAGGCACCCUCUGUUGGUGAGACCGGCCCCUAAGAGAGUGGGGACACAACAUGACAGAGGACACUGGGAGGUACAUAUGAUCUGGAGGGGGAACAGUGCUAGGGGCACAUAGGGACAGAGAACACUGCAGGUGCACUUACCAGGGGAUACAAAAUGUUGUUGGGGGUGUGGUCAGACACUUGGGAAUGGCAUAGAACAUGGGAGGGUAACCAGGAGGUUGUAUGGGAACACAAAGCAUGAUGGGGACACCAGGGGAUCCAAAAUACUGCAAGAGGAGGGAGGUCAAAACACUUGAGGGAUACAACGUGGAGCAUGGGCAGUUGCACAAAGCACAGGUCAACACCAAGAGGGACAGAGUUAUAGUAUGGAAGAUGCACACAGAUACAGUGUGGGAGAACACACAAUAUUGGUGGGGUACAGAGUCUCACAGAGCAUAAGAAUAGAGUAAGGACACUGGGGGGGACACAACACUGGUGGGGUACAGAGCAUAGGGGACACAGUGUGUGGGGAACACAGAGUACUGGUAGGGUGCAGAGUAGCACCGAGCUUAGGAACAGAGAGAUGGAGACAAAGCCUGGGGGCGGACAUACAGUUGGGUGAGCAGUAUGCAGAGCACAAUAUGUGUAAACAGUCAUGGUCCUACGUGCAAACACACACUCGUAUGACAUAAUGUACAGUGUGGUGCUGCAGGGCAGCUUUCAGGAGGAAGGGAAUCAAACUCAUCCCUGGAGCCAGCUCUUUAUGGCUCUCAAGUUUUGGGUCCCAGCAACUUCAUUGAUUCUGUCCUCUUCUCCACACCACUGGCAGAAUCAUUCUUUUUCUCGUAUCACCUAAAGGGAUCCCUCUGAUCCCCAUGGUGCACUCCUCACUGGGAUGGAGACUGGGACUCCUAUGGAAUCUCCUCUCAGCCCUCCGCUCACCCUCCCACUGUUGCCCUCUGGCCCCUCCAGCCACCUGCAAAACUUGAGAGACUGUGCUAGUGCUGAGUGACUCCAAAGGAACUGUAGAGUUGUUCCAUUUGCUCAUUCCCAUCUUUGGGCUGUGGCAGAGGAAAGGAGCAUAUGGCCCUUAAAGACAGUGUGUGGUCUUGAAUUGUUAAUCUUAACCCCUUUGAUUUUGUCUUUGCAGGUCUUCCCUCCCCCCCAUUGCUCCAUUAUUGUUACUGUGGUUGAACUUCUACUUGUUUAGGUGGAUAGAAUUUUUUUUAAAGCCUCUUGCAUACAAACUAAGCAUUAACAGUAACUUUGAAAGGAGAAAGGGCCUGAUCCUGUAAGGUUCUGAGAGGUUCUGUGACUUCCUAUUGAUUUCAGUGGGACUUGAGAGCACUGACCAGAUGGCAGAAUCAAGCCCUGACAACGUGCCGUUUCUCUUACCAUCAUUAUUUUCCUUAUCUCUGCAAUACACCUAAUUCGAUAAGAAGUGCUGUUAAUUAUCCCCGAGGAAGCAAAUUAGUUCUGAAGGCUGCAUGGUCAUGACCAGGAACCCGAGCCUGAAAAGCGCUAAUCACCUCCUGAGAGCCCACAACUCCCGCUGAAAUCACUCAGCCUUGUAGGGUCAGGGCCUCGGAAGGCAGAACAAGGGAAAACCUCCACAUUAUGAGUAGUGGUAGAAUUAAAUUGAAACUCAUUUUGAAACCCAAUAAUUUCGUCUUUUUUUUUUGGACAGGAAAAUAUUUUUGAGUGCUGUCAUAUCUAUGAAUGGAAAAGUGUCCUCAGUUACUUCCUUUAAGGAGAAUGUUGGCACAGUCAGCAUGUCCCCUCCCAUAGUAAAGCCCGAAGGAGGCAUCU